UUCUGGUGCAAUUAAAUCUACAAUAAAUGAAAUCAAACAUCCCGGGCUAGUACUGAUCAUAUCUACCCUUUCUAAUACGAGUGCUGUCUUGCCAUGGCGGAAGCGAUUGUUUCUGGAGUCUUUGAACGGCUAACCUCCUUCAGCCUUCAAGUUGCUGAAAAUGGGGUGAGACUCGUUGUUGGUGUAAACGAAGAGCUCAAGAAGAUCGGCACCACUCUUUGCACCAUCCGAGCUGUCCUUGCGGACGCCGAGAAAAGACAAGUGAAGGAGCAAGCAGUUAAGCUUUGGCUUGAUAGGCUUCAAAACGUAGCUUAUGAUAUUGAAGACCUGUUGGACGGAUGGAGCACCGUGGUUAUCAGAUCGAAAAUCGAGGAAUCUCAAAGUUCUUUUCGGUUAAGUUCGCUUCAGCCCUUCGCCAAUUCUAUUCCACGACUUGUUCGGCGUCGUGGUAUUGCCACCAAGAUUAAAGAGCUAAGUGAAAGUCUUCAAGUCAUUGCAAAAGAGAAAGAUGAUUUUGCUUUCAUUGUAAAUCUAAUUCGGAAUGAUGAUAUAGAGCCUGAAAGACCUAAAACCACAUGUUUUGUUGAUGCAUCUGAAAUACGUGGUCGAGACCAAGAUAAAAACUCCAUUAUUAGCAUGUUGCUAAGCGAAAAUGGUCAAGAAAGGGGUGUCCCUAUAAUCUCCAUCGUGGGGAUGGGAGGGAUAGGGAAAACAACUUUAGCCCAAAUAGUUUACAACGAUAGAGAGGUGAACGCCUAUUUUCAGAAGAAACUAUGGGUGUGUGUUUCAGAUCCCUUUGAUGAGAUGAGGAUUGCAAAAGCAAUUCUUGAAGCUCUAACGGGUAUUCCCUCGGGUUUGGGUGAGUUGAACACUGUACUAGAGAAAAUCCAUGAAUCUAUUGUGGGAAAAAAGUUCCUACUUGUUCUUGAUGAUGUCUGGACAGAAGAUGAGAGGAAGUGGCAAUCAUUGAAAUGCUGUCUUAAAAGUGGUGCCCCCCCAGGAAGCAAAAUCUUGGUCACCACACGCAAGGAGAAUGUUGCUACUGUAAUGGGUUGUACCAGAUUAUUCCAUUUGGGGAAGUUGUCUGAAGAAGAGUGUUGGUCCUUAUUCAGUCAGGUAGCAUUUUCUGGAUGGAAUCACAGAGCGCGUCAGAUUUUGGCAGACAUUGGUAAGAAAAUUGCAGAUAAGUGCAACGGUUUACCUCUUGCAGCAAAAACACUCGGAGGUCUCUUACGUUUCAAAAAAUCUAGAGAACAAUGGCAAAGAAUCUUGGAUAGUAAUAUGUGGGAGCUUGAUGAGGCUGAAACCGGUCUUUUUUCUCCCUUAUUACUAAGCUAUUAUGAUUUGCCAGCGCCAUUAAGGCAAUGCUUCUCAUAUUGUGCCAUUUUCCCUAAAGGUUACAAGAUAGAGAAGGAUUUAUUGAUCAAGUUGUGGAUGGCUCAAGGUUUUCUUGGAGACGGAAAUGGGAUGGAGAUUGUUGGUGAAGAGUACUUCGAUAACUUAGCAAUGCGUUCUUUCUUUCAAGAGUUUGAGACGGAUGAAAAUGAUGAUGGUAUAAUACGAUGCAAAAUGCAUGAUAUAGUGCAUGACUUUGCUCAACUUUUGAGAAAAAGAGAAUGCUAUGUAGUAGCCAGCAAUGGUAUUGAAGAGCAAAGAGCUGAAUGGUAUCAUGAAAGUGCUCGUCAUUUAAGAGUAAUCCUUGAUAAUGAACAGGCUGUGAUUCCAAGUCUCCUUUAUAAUGCUAAAAAGCUUCGUAGCCUCCUAGUUGACUCAUGUCCUUCUAACUCAUCCACUUUAAAUGCAUCUUUGCCGAGAUUAUUUGAUCAACUAACUUGCCUGAGGAUGUUAGAUUUGAGCAACAACAGAUAUCGAAAGCAAACUUCAAUUACAGAACUUCCAUGCCAAAUAGGGGAACUGAUACACCUGAGAUAUGUCAGUUUGGAGGGAAAUAAAGGAUUAAAGGAAUUGCCUAUGACACUGUGGGACUUAUGUAACUUGCAAACUCUGAACAUCAGGUUGUGCUCAAGUAUUCAAAGUUCGAAGUUUAUACCUGAAGGGCUAAUCAAUUUGAGACAUCUCCAAAAUGCAGAAACAUAUGGAUGCACAUCCAAGGCAUUUGGACUGAAAAGAUCAAUUCUUCUACAGACAUUAGAGGAGUUUGUAGUGGAACCGUUUGGCUACCUUCUUGCUGGGGACGGGGAACAGAUAUUAAAAGAGUCUGAAAUGCAUAGGUCCAACCUUUGUGAUUUGGGAACCUUUGCUCUUCUUCGAGGAAAUCUCAAGAUAAUAGGAUUGGGAGAUGUGAGUAGACGUGAUGCAGAGGAAGCUGGACUGUGGAAGAAGACUGGCCUUCGUAAUUUGACUUUAUCCUUUAAUUCCAUGUACAAAGGUAUGAGAGUUCUGGAAGGAGCAUAUGCUCAUGAAUCAUCUGUUCUCGAAGCCUUACAACCACCUCUGUAUUUGGAAUCUUUGGACAUAAAUCGCAUGAAUGGUCCAACCGCUUUCCCUAGUUGGAUGGUGUCACUGACUAUGCUGAAGAGGGUUAGACUAUGGGCCUGUUUUAAUUGGAAAACCUUGCCUCCCAUGUGGAAGUUGCCAGUCCUUGAACAUCUAGAGAUAUGGGAAAUGAAGAAUGUGAAAGAAGUGGGCCAAGAAUUUAUGGGAGCAGAAACAGAAAAGGGUUGCCUCAAGUUAAAGUCUUUGCCACGCCAUCUUCUUCAGAAGACAACUCUGCAAGUAUUAGAUAUCUUCGAUUGCCCGAUCCUGACAGAGCGUUAUUCGAGAAAUGGGACAGGGGAGGACUGUCACUACAUUUCUCAUAUCCCUACGAUCACAAUUGAUGGUGAAGACGUGAAAAGAGAUGGGAAUUGAUCAAACUCUUCUUGGCUUCAAAGCAUUGGAAACAAUUAUAUACAAGCCACAUUCCAUGCUUUGCAACAAACUUUAUAUCCAUUGUUUAGUUUCCAGGUUUGCGUUCAACGAGUUAGUUACGGAGCCAUUUACCUGGAUGCUACCAAUCUGCCAAAACCCGAUCUUUACAAAAUUUUGCAGCAUUAAAUCAGGAUGCAAUUAGUCAAAAACGAGCAAAAAGGGGCCAAAUUGAAGCACAAAUCAUUGAGUUGUGGCCAAAUCAUAAAGAUGGGAAGGCCAAGGACUUAACAUCAAAAUUUGACUUUGUAAAUAGCUAAAAAUAGAAGAUAUUAUUUUAUUUUGUUUUAUUAUUUUUUAUUUAUUUUUAUUUUAUUAUUUUAGGAUUAAGCUAUUUUUAGUAAACCCUAUUUAUAUAAAUAGGGGCUUUUAGUUCUUAGAAAAUCAUCUCUUGUUUUUGUAUUCCUACUUCUAUUUGGAAUAGAAAUACUCUCCUUUUCCCUUUUCAAA